AGGUAGAAUCCGAACACUUUGAGGAAAACUUUUCUUUCUCUAUUGUGUUUCUCUCUCUCCUGUUUCUCUGUUUUUCCAAAUUUCGAUUUUCAAUUUUUCUUUGAAUUUUAAGAAAAAUCUGUGAAGAAUUUUGAUUGAGUGAGUGAGAAAGAGAUGGCAAUUAUUGAUAACGAGAGAGAAUUUGAGAAGGAGAAAGAAAUCAGGGUUAUGAACGGCAAAACAAGCUAUGAUAUUGAAGACGAUGAUGAAGAAGUUGAUGAUGAUGAUGAUGAUGAUGAGGUGAAUGAAGUUUUUGAUAUGAAGAGAGUUGUUGAUGAGGGUACUGAGGAGGAAGAUGGAGGAGAUGAGGAUGACGAUGAUGAUGAAGAGGAGGAGGAAGAGGUUGAUGAUGAGGAUGAAGAAGAAGAUACUGAAGAGGGUUUGCCUGCUUCUACAUCUGUUCCUCAAGUCGUUGAUGUUAGCGAUGAUGAUGAUGAUGAUGAUGAGGAAGGUGCUGGUGGUGAGGAUGAUGAUAGUGAUGAUGAUGACGACGACGACGACGACGAUGAGGAUGAGAACGAGGAGGAGGUCGAAGAAGAUGAUGAGGAGGAUUUGGGAACAGAGUACCUUGUUCGUCCAGUAAGUCGUCCAGAAGACGAGGAGGAUGCUAGUGAUUUUGAACCAGGUCAGGAGAAUGGUGAAGAAGAGGAUGAGCUUGAGGAGGAGGAUGAAGAUGAAGGUGAAAAGGGAGAGGUUUCAGCAAAGAGAAAAAGGCCAAGUAACGAUGAUGACUCUGAUGAGAAUGACGAUGAUGACUCUGAUGACGAUGGUGGGGAAGACGAUGUGAGACCUUCCAAACGAUAGGGUUCAGCCCUCGAGGUUUGACGAGAGACCGUAUCCAGUCAGCUGGAUGCCUCUCCUCCGACCUCGAGUACACAGUCCCCUUGUGUAGAAAAAAAAGGUAGAAAAGUUGAUGCUUCAUAGCUGUACUUUUGUUUAUUUUUACUGUUAUUUAUGAGACAGUAAAGUAAGGUGUUAAACUAGGCAUCUCUAAAUUCAGAAAAAAUAUGCAUUGUAGACGUAUUUCAAUUGAGUGGUGGUGUAGUGGGUGUUGAUUAUUACUUUUCGCAAUGGCAAGAAAGUUUAAGACCUUGUGUAAGGUAUUGUUAACUAGUUCUUCAUUAAUAUUCUAAAUAGUUUAGAUUAA